UCAGCAGGUGGUGCAGGAAGUGACUGUGUGUGUGUGUGUGUGUGUGGUCCUGCUGAUUGAUUAUGACAUCACGGAAUUCUCGAUGAUGUCAUCACCAUUCUCUAUAUAAACAGCUGCUGUAGAAUGUUCUCACAAUUUAUUCAGAGAACGUGACGAGGUAAAUCACACACACAGUACUGUCAAACUAUCACCAGACACAUUUACAUAAUUAAUAAUAAUUGCUCCACGGAUACCAUAGCAAUGCCUUAGCAACCACCUAGCAACACCUUAGCAACUGAAAUUAGUGUGUAUUUUCUUAAAUAAGACUCUUAUUUUAUUACAUAACCAGAAAUUAGCUACAAUUUAAGUAAAUAUGCUGCGCUCUAUCAUAAAAAUUUAAAAACAUGAACUGUUGUAAGCAGCACUGAUAUGUUUCAUUAUUUUAAAGGAACACAUUUCAGCUAUUAGUGAAACAACAAUGGUUUAGGGUUUAGAGGCUCUUUAAAGACGUUGUAGUGAACUAUGUUGCUUCAUGAGAGAUUAUAAAGUGCUCAUAUCUCAUUUGAAGUAAAUGUACUGUUUUUUACAGAGAUGAAGGACCAUUCCUCAGCCAAAUAUCUCAGUUUAAGCUGGGAUCAAGUACUACCCGUUGGAGCCGGACUCUGGAACAUGGGCAACACCUGCUUUAUGAACUCUGUUCUCCAGUGUCUUUCAUACACUGCUCCACUGGUGAACUACACGCUCUCUGGAGAGCAUGUCAGAACAUGUUCCAGAUAUCGGUUUUGCAUGUCAUGCACAUUGCAGAACCACAUCACUGAGACGAUUAAUAACUCGGGCACAGCCAUUGUUCCCGCACGUGUCGUGACUCAACUUAACCUGAUCGGAGAGCAGUUCUGUUUAGGACAACAAGAAGACGCGCACGAGUUCCUGAGGUACACAGUGCACGCUCUACAGCAGUCCUACCCUAAUGGAAAAAUGCUAGGCAGGGAAACCAACCUCAUUAAUCAGAUCUUUGAAGGUUGCAUGAGAUCUAGAGUGAAGUGUCUGAACUGCAAGGCAGAUUCAGAUACGUUUGAGCCGUUCAUGGAUGUUGCACUGGACAUCACGGGAGCCAAGGAUCUUACCGAAUCGCUACAGCGAUUUGUUAAGCCUGAGCAACUUGGUGAUGGUUACAAGUGCAUCCGGUGUAUGGAAACGAGCCCGGCCUCCAAAAAACUGACCAUACACCACAGCUCAAACGUGCUCACCAUCUGUCUGAAGAGAUUUAAUUACUACGGACAAAAGAUUUCUACGCUUGUGAAAUAUCCGAAACGCCUUGACAUACGCCCGUUCAUGUCCGAGUCUGAGGGAGAGUCACAAGUGUACGAGCUGUAUGCUGUGCUUGUGCACGCUGGUUACAGCAGCAACUGUGGACACUACUACUGCUAUGUGAAGGCUAGUGACCGCAACUGGUAUAAAAUGGAUGAUGAACAGGUGUCCGUCGCCGAUGAAAGAUCAGUGCUCAAUCAGCAAGCAUACAUGCUGUUCUACAUCAGGACUUCAGAAAAGCCCAUGGCAGAGGGGAGGAGCCAAGGGUACAGCGGGUCUACUUACAGAAAGUGCAGCGAAACCUGUGACACCAAACAGCAGAGCACAGGAAAACGAAAGCGCUGCCAAAGCCCUGACAGAGAGGAGUCUCAACCCGCUGCUAAACGGGCAAUCGUAGAAAUACCUGCAACUGAUCAGAGGUUACUAAAAAUAAGGACAUGCAAACGAAAGCGAUGCCCAAGCCCUGAAAGAGAGGAGUCUGAACCCGCUGCUAAACGGGCACGCAUAGAAACUUAUAGAACCUGUGACACCAAACAGCAGAUCACAGGAAAACGAAAGCGCUGCCCAAGCCCUGAAAGAGAGGAGUCUCAACCUUCUGCUAAACUGCCAAUCAUAGAAACUUAUAGAACCUGUGACACCAAACAGCAGAUCACAGGAAAACGAAAGCGCUGCCCAAAGCCUGAAAGAGAGGAGUCUCAACCUUCUACUAAACGGACAUGCAUAGAAACUCAUAGAACCUGUGACACCAAACAGCAGAUCACAGGAAAACGAAAGCGCUGCCCAAGCCCUGAAAGAGAGUUGUCUCAACCUUCGGCUAAACUG